AUGUCACACAAACCUCCUCCGAAAUGGCUCCCGUUGGAAUCCAACCCAUCCGUUCUGAACGAUUUCAGCUACGCGUUGGGUCUUUCCACCGCGUACGCGUGGUCGGACAUUUUCGGUUUCGACGACGAGUUAUUGGCGAUGGUGCCGCCAAACUGUCGAGCGGUCGUGUUGUUGUUUCCAAUCACGGACAAGUCCGAACGAUUUCAAAAAGAAGAGCGAGAAGAUAUUGAGAACGGGAAAAGGGCAAACGAAGUCUCUUCGAACGUGUAUUACAUGAAACAAACGGUUGGAAACGCGUGCGGGACGAUCGGAGUGUUCCACGCGAUCAUGAACAAUCGAGAGGACGUUUUGACAAACCAAAACGAAGAAGACGAAGAAGAAAACAAAAAUUACUUUCGAAGAUUUUUCGAAAAGACCAAGGACAUGACCCCGGACGAACGCGCGAAAUUCGUAGAAACAGACACGGAUUUAGAGUCGUAUCACGCGACAGCGGUGAACGCGGGAGAUACGGAAGUGCCUUCUCUGGAUGCGAAGAUUGAUUUACAUUUCAUCGCGUUGGUCGAGCGAGACGGGAGAUUGUACGAGCUGGACGGGAGGAAGCAAAGCGCCAUCGACCACGGGGAAAUCGAGAGAGGAGAUUUGUUGAAACAAAGCGUGGAGAGGGUGAUUAAAGGAUUCAUGGAGAGAGCGGAUGGGAGCAUUCACUUUGGCGCGUGCGCGUUGGCCGAAAAUAGCGAGUUAUUUUGA